UUUAGCUUUGGUGAAUUGUCUAGUGUCCCCCAUUAAGGCUAUAAAACCAAAACCUUUGAAAAACUGCUUCCAAAAGAUGAGUAAAUGGAAAUUAGAGAUUGCAUUAUUGUGUAGUGUCAAUAAUGAAUGUAGAACCAUCGCUUCCAGCUUGUUGAGCUCUUCACUGGCUGCUCUUCAACCUGGGAGUAUCUUUGUUCACUGGCUGCUCUAUCUUUCGCAUAAAUAUGGCCGGAGGACGACAGAGAGCGAAGAAACUUAGCAAGUCAUGCAUUCUCCUAAUAGUGAUAUCCGGUAUGGAGAGGUUUGCAUUCAAAGGGGUGGCGUCUAAUCUAGUGACUUAUCUCACGGAUGUGGUGAAGAUGAGCAACUCUUCUGCGGCAAAGGCUGUCAACAGUUGGUGCGGGUUUACUUCCAUGCUGCCACUGCUGGUGGCACCCCUUGCGGACUCUUACUGGGAUCGCUAUCCCACUAUUUUGGUCUCUUCUUUCCUCUAUGUUGUGGGGCUUGUGGCAUUGACAUCGACAUCAUUGGCAUGGGCACGGUCCCCUACAAGCAAAAGUACAAGGUCCUAUUCAUUUCUCUUUUGGUCUCUAUACUUGAUUUCAAUAGGCCAAGGUGGAUAUAACCCAUCUUUGCAAGCAUUUGGAGCAGAUCAGCUUGAUGAUGAUCAUGAUCAAGAUCAGGAAUUGCCCUGCAGUAAUAAAGAAGAGUGCAAGUCGACUAAUGAUCAAAAGAGUUUAUUCUUCCAGUGGUGGUAUUUUGGCGUUUGCAGUGGAAGCCUAAUGGGGGUCACAUUUAUGUCCUACAUCCAAGAUACCUUUGGUUGGGUACUGGGAUUUGCCAUUCCCAUGAUGGCAAUGGUACUAUCUAUUGCACUUUUUUCUUGUGGAAGCCGGAUGUAUAUGUAUAAAAGGGACGGGGCUUUCUAUAAUCAUAAGCCCUUUGAGUGCAUAGCUCAGGCUUUCAAAGCAACCAAAUCAAUGUUUAUGACUCGUGGAAUCACACACUUGAGUUACAAAUCUGAGAAGGUCGAGCUAGAGCUUCAAGAGAAACCUCUUUGUCGUGAAGAGUUUGACAGCAUCGAGGGCUUAGAAGAUCAGAAACCCAGAAAUGGUGUCCAUAUCAUGCUCGAAAAUGCGAAAGUAGUGCUGCGGCUUUUACCCAUAUGGACACUGCUUUUAAUGUUUGCAGUAAUUUUUCAACAACCUGCAACUUUCUUUACUAAACAAGGUAUGACAAUGAAGAGGAACAUUGGGAGCAGCUUCAAGAUUCCCCCAGCUACGCUACAGAGUGCUAUUACGUUGUCUAUUAUUCUCCUGAUGCCUUUAUAUGACAAGAUUUUGAUCCCGAUUAUCCGGUUGAUAACUUGUGAUGAAAAGGGUAUCAGUGUAAUGAAAAGAAUGGGGAUAGGAAUGUUCCUGUCGAUCAUAGCCAUGGUUAUUGCGGCAAUCGUUGAAACAAAGAGGCUGGAGAUCAGUAGAAAGAUUGGAAAUUUUGAAUCACCAUCAGGAACGGUGCCACUAAGCAUCUUUUGGUUGCUGCCCCAAUACAUUCUCUUAGGCGUUUCAGACAUUUUCACUGUUGUUGGGAUGCAGGAGUUCUUUUACAAUGAAGUUCCCGUUAGAAUGAGGACCAUGGGCUUUGCGCUGUACACGAGUGUUUUUGGGGUGGGGAGCUUCUUGAGUGCCCUAUCGAUUUCACUCGUCGAAAUCUUUACCAGUUCAAAAGGGCACAGCUGGUUCUCUGACAACAUGAAUGAAGCUUGCCUAGACAAAUUCUACUGGCUUCUAGCCUUAUUAGGCGCACUGAGCUUGCUAUUAUACGUAGUUUUGUGUAAGUGCUACAAGAGUAGGACUGAAUUGGAGAGUGAAAACUGUAAAUAAUCUGUGUCUCGAGUUUAACACAGUUUUUGUUAAUGGAAUUUCGAAUCGGUUUGCAUA